AGAGCCCGCUUGAAUAGCCCGCGAUUGUCCGCCGAGGUUUCUCGGUGAGUGGCGGAUCGUGGCCAUCUACCGGUCAACAUUGGAACGAUCAGAAAGUAAACAAACCGCCUCGUGUUUUUGCUGUCGCCGGAAAGAAGAAAGAAAGCAAAUAGACUCACUUUUUAUUCGCCGCCGGCCAACUCGUCCCAGUCCCGACCCGAAUAAGUCAUCAGGUUUGAGUUUAAUUGCCCGCUCAAGUCAUUUAAACCCAUUUUGUCGUUUUCUCUCAUCUCCGCCGUCCAUGUUUGGAUAAUCCCCGGAGAAAAUGACCAUAUAAGGCCCGAUUUGAGAACUCGCGAUCUGAUUGGCCGGAACCUUCUGGAAGCGAGUAGAAGCAGACCGAUGCGUUCUCUCAUUGGCGCUGGGCAGUUGAGCGAGAGAGUUCGUGCUGAGACGCUGAAGGAGCAAGAGCUGCGCGCCGCGAGCUCUUGGCUGCCGACGGGUUUCGGACGAAUUUCGGCCUAGAUUUGCGAGUUCUCUGGUAGUGUGAAUUGUUCCCUGAGUUGGUCUGGUGUUGGUUAGGCGUUUAUUUGGUGAAAUGGAAAAUCCACCAACCAGCGUCUCGACAACAGAUCAAGAAACGAAAGUCAGAAUCGAGGAAAAUGACAGUGGUAGAGAUGAACCGUCCGAGCUGGACUUCAAGAGGCCCGUUUUCACUUUGCCGUCGAAGAAAAAACCCGGUCCGAGCGCCCUGAAAGCAGCGGACAUUCCUGUGAAGCCUCCGGAGCCUCCUCCGCAGAAGGAAAAUUCCUCUUCUGCAGCCCCCAAGGAAAAUAAAUUGCCUCCACUUCCAUACUCGGAACCGUCUUGGGGUGGCACGGUUGCCCCUGAAGAAUACAGUUUGGAGGUUUUGAAAAACGGGAGCAUCGUGGAGAGGAUCGCCCUGGACACGCGGCCCUUCUACGUUUUCGGCCGCCUCUCGAACUGCGACGUCCAGAUGAACCACCCGUCCACCUCGAGGUUCCACGCCGUUCUGCAGUACCGGUCUGAGGCUGAAGGGGAAAAUCCCAGUGGCUUUUACUUGUUCGACUUGAAAAGCACCCACGGCACUUUCAUCAACAAGCAAAAGCUCAAGCCUGAGGUUUUUGCGCCUGUCAGGGUCGGCCACAUGAUUCAAAUCGGGGGCAGCACCAGAAUGCUCAUUCUUCAGGGACCUGACGAGGAUGCAGAGCCCGAGUCUCAGUUCACGGUGACGGAACUCGUGCAGCAGAAAAGGGAAAAGGAGGUGGAAAAGAAGCGGCUCGAGCUUUUGCGAGUGGCCGAGGAAAAGGCGCUCGAGGAGAAAAAAAGGGUCGAGGAAGAAAACGCCGGCAUCGACUGGGGCAUGGGUGAGGACGCGGACGAAGAGACGGACCUGACGGAGAACCCGUACGCGAGCACGACCAACGAGGAAUUGUAUUUGACAGACCCGAAGAAGAGUCUGCGGGGCUGGUUCGAGCGGGAGGGCGAGGAGUUGGUGUACGACUGCCAGGAAAAAACCAACGGCCAGUUUGUGUGCAGGGUCGUGCUGCCGGUGGACGACGCCGGCGGCCGGCCGCUGGUGGCCGAGGCCCUCGUCAGGGGCAAGAAGAAGGAGGCCGUCGUCCAGUGCGCCCUCGAGGCCUGCAGACUCCUCGACAGGCAGGGCCUCUUCCGCAAAGCCACUCACGAGGCAAGAGGAAAAAAGAAGAAAGACUGGGACGAGGAAGGAGACAGCGACGAUGACACUUUCCUGGACAGAACUGGCGCUGUCGAAAUGAGGCGUCAGAGGAAAAUUGAAGGGAAAUCUUCGCAAAGAGCUCAGACUUACGAUUCGCUGGUUGAAGAGUUGGAAAAAGUGAGGGAAAACAUUAAAAAAGUGCAAGCCGAGUUGGACGAAAGAGAAAAAUCGAGCAGCAAAUUGGAUGCUUCUCAAAAAGGGGAGCAGGACGAGCUGGACGCCUUCAUGUCAACCCUGAGCAAGGACUCGACCCAGGACAAAAUUAAAAGAAGGGCGGCGAAGACUCAGCUUAUGAAACUGCAGCAAGACGAGAAGCGUCUCGUGAAACUUGCCAACAUAGCUCGACCAGCGUCCCUGCCAGAACUCAAAGUGCAGACCUUGGAGGAGGUGAAAAAGGAAACCUUUGUCGGAGCCAGGCCGGUUGCGAAGCCGAAAGAAAAUUUAGCCUCGACAAGUUCUGCUGUUUGUGUUCCGUUGGAAGAAAGUUUUGAAGAGGAGGAAGAAGACGAUGCGGAGGAAAAACAGAGUCCUGAGCCAGUUGAACCACAAACGGAAUUGGAAUGUACGAAGAGAAAAUUAGGUCCUUCGUUCCCUCCGGAGAUUUUGGCCAAAUUGUACGAAGACCCUGUUCUGGACGACGAGGACGAAGACGAAGACGGGGAGUUCAAAGGGCCGAAGAGACAAAGGGUCAGGAGCAGACACAGCAAGAAUGCGGAGAAGAGCAAAAGCAAAACGCACUACGAUGACGAGAGUGGGGACUAUUCGACGUGGGUGCCGCCUUCGGACCAGAAGGGCGACGGGAGGACAAAACUGAAUGAUAAAUUGGGAUAUUGAAUGGUCAAUAAAAAGUCAAACAGG